GGACAGCUCAGAGCCUUUAUCAGAUUCCGGAGGGAUCCACACCCUCAAAAAAGGCAACUGCCGCUGACUUGGAAGAAGACCUAAGACAGCCCGUGAACAUGGAGAUAGAGAAGCGAGGACCACGGUGCUCAGCUGAAAGCAGAACACAGGAGAAGUACACUGCCAAGUUGACACCGCCGUGCAGGAAGCUGCCGCCAGCGUGGAUAGAGGGAGGAGGAGGCAUGAGACCUUAGCGCCUGGGCAGGCAGGCGGUCCGGGAUGGCGGCCCAGCGGAUCCGGGCGGCCAACUCCAGCGGCCUCCCCCGGUGCAAGUCAGAGGGGACCCUGAUCGACCUGAGCGAGGGGUUUUCAGAGGCGAGCUUUAAUGAUGUCAAAGUGCCUUCUCCCAGUGCCUUGCUAGUGGACAACCCCACACCUUUUGGAAACGCCAAGGAAGUGAUCGCAAUCAAGGACUACUGCCCGACCAACUUCACCACCCUGAAGUUCUCCAAGGGCGACCAUCUCUAUGUCUUGGAUGCAUCGGGCGGUGAGUGGUGGUACGCACACAACACCACCGAGAUGGGCUACAUCCCUUCCUCCUACGUGCAGCCCUUGAACUACCGGAACUCCACCCUGAGCGACAGCGGCAUGAUUGACAAUCUUCCAGACAGCCCGGACGAAGUGGCCAAGGAGCUGGAUCUGCUCGGGGGGUGGACGGAUGACCAGAAGGAAUCCGGCAAAGCCUACAGUAAUAACCCUUUCUGGAGUGGGGUACAGACGAACCCCUUUCUGAAUGGGAAUACGCCAGUGGUGGCCGGCUUGGAUGAGCUACACCCCAAAAGUACUGUGGAUUUGUUGCUUUUCGACACUGGCACAUCCUCGUUCACUGAAUCCAGCUCAGCAACCACCAACAGCACCGGCAACAUCUUUGACGAGCUCCCAGCCACAAAUGGACUCCAUGCAGAGCAGCCGGUCAGGCGGGACAACCCUUUCUUCAGAAGCAAGCGUUCCUACAGCCUGUCGGAACUCUCCGUCCUGCAAGCCAAGUCAGACACUCCCGCGACAUCAAGUUUUUUCACAGGCUUAAAAUCACCUGCCCCCGAGCAAUUUCAAAGCCGGGAGGAUUUCCGAACUGCGUGGCUGAACCACCGGAAGCUGGCCCGGUCUUGCCACGACUUGGACCUGCUAGGCCAAAGCCCCGGUUGGGGCCAGACCCAGGCGGUGGAGACGAACAUCGUGUGCAAGCUGGAUAGUUCCGGUGGCGCCGUGCAGCUGCCGGACACCAACAUCAGCAUCCACGUGCCCGAGGGCCACGUUGCUCCUGGGGAGACGCAGCAGAUCUCCAUGAAGGCCCUGCUGGACCCCCCGCUGGAGCUCAACAGCGACAAGUCCAGCAGCAUCAGCCCCGUGCUGGAGGUCAAGCUCAGCAACCUGGAGGUGAACACCUUCCUCAUCCUGGAGAUGAAGGUGUCUGCCGAGGUAAAGAGCGACAUUUUCAGCAAAAGCACGGUAGGCCUCCAGUGCCUGAGGAGCGACUCAAAGGAGGGGCCAUACGUGCCCAUCCCCCUCAGCUACAGCUAUGGGGACACGGUCCAGGUGCAGCUGGACAACCUGGAGCCCUGCAUGUACCUGGCUAUCGUUGCCCAUGGCCCCAGCAUUCUCUACCCUUCCACCGUGUGGGAUUUCAUCAAUAAGAAGGUCACCGUGGGCCUCUAUGGUCCCAAACACAUCCACCCAUCCUUCAAGACCGUGGUGACCAUCUUCGGGCACGACUGUGCCCCCAAAACCCUCCUGGUCAGCGAGGUCACCCGGCAGGCACCCGGCCCGGCCCCCGUGGCGCUGCAGCUGUGGGGGAAGCACCAGUUCAUCCUGGCCCGGCCCCAGGACCUCAAAAUCUGUAUGUUUUCCAACAUGACCAACUACGAGGUCAAGGCCGGCGAGCAGGCCAAAGUGGUGAGAGGCUUCCAGAUGAAGCUGGGCAAGGUGAGCCGCCUGAUCUUCCCCAUCACCUCGCAGAACCCCGGAGAGCUGUCCGACUUCACAUUGAGGGUGCAGGUCAAAGACGACCAGGAGGCCAUCCUGACCCAGUUCUGCGUGCAGACGCCGCAGCCACCCCCAAAAAGUGCCAUCAAGCCUUCCGGCCAGAGGAGGUUUCUCAAAAAGAACGAGGUGGGCAAGAUCAUCCUGUCCCCCUUCGCCGCCACCACCAAGUACCCCACCUUUCAGGACCGCCCCGUGUCCAGCCUCAGAUUCGGCAAGCUGCUGAAGACGGUGGUGCGGCAGAACAAGAACCAGUACCUGCUGGAGUACAAGAAGGGCGACGUGGUGGCCCUGCUCAGCGAGGAGCGAAUCCGCCUGCGGGGCCAGCUGUGGACCAAGGAGUGGUACAUCGGCUACUGCCAGGGCAAGGUGGGCCUGGUGCACGCCAAGAACGUGCUGGUGGUGGGCAGGGCCCGGCCCAGCCUGUGCUCGGGACCUGAGCUGAGCACGUCGGUGCUGCUGGAGCAGAUGCUGCGGCCCUGCAAGUUCCUCACCUACAUCUACGCCUCAGUGCGCACGCUGCUCAUGGAGAACGUGAGCAGCUGGCGCGCCUUCGCCGACGCCCUGGGCUACGGCGGCCUCCCGCUCACCUUCUUCUGUCGGGCGGAGCUGGACAGUGAGCCUGAGCGCGUGGCGUCCGUGCUGGAGAAGCUGAAGGAGGACUGCAACAACCCCGACAACAAGGACCGCAAGUCCUUCCAGAAGGAGCUGGUGAUGGCCUUGCUGAAGAUGGACUGCCAGGGCCUUGUGGUCAGGCUCAUCCAGGACUUCGUGCUCCUGACCACGGCUGUGGAGGUGGCACAGCGCUGGAGGGAGCUGGCGGAGAAGCUGGCCAAGGUCUCCAAGCAGCAGAUGGACGCGUACGAGUCCCCCCACCGCGACCGGAAUGGGGUGGUGGACAGUGAGGCCAUGUGGAAACCCGCGUACGACUUCCUACUCACCUGGAGCCACCAGGUCGGGGACAGCUACCGGGAUGUCAUCCAGGAGCUGCACAUCGGCCUGGACAAGAUGAAGAGCCCUAUCACCAAGCGCUGGAAGCACCUCACGGGCACACUCAUCCUCGUCAACUCGCUGGACAUCCUGCGGGCGGCCGCCUUCAGCCCCGUGGACCACGAUGAUUUUGUCAUCUGAAUGCGGGCCCUGCCCUGCUGUGCCUAGGAUCCCGAGCCCUGGCCCAGGCACGAGCCUGAGCAUCUCUGCUGUUGCCAGGGGCUGCACAGCCGCCCGACAGGCCGCGCCCUGCGCCCCGGGCCACACCUGGGGCCUGGGACCCGGGACCCAGGUUGCUCUGCCGUCCCAGCCAGGGGGUUUCUACUGCAGGUUAUUGCCAAUCAAUAGCUUUCUAUUUGUUGAAGUGUACAUUUAAAUUUAAGAUCACUUAAAAAAAAAAAAGACUGGGGAGGGGUCGUGUGAAAGGUGAUACCUAAUUUUAUAAUGGACCGUGAAGGCUAAGAAAGAAAAACAAACUUAGUAGGCAAAUGCUGUUGAGUUUUUAUGUUGUUUAAAGAACUUUUUAAAUUAUGUGACGAUGUAUAUAGGUAUUUAAAGGCCAUGGGGUAUUUCUGACUCUCAGCCAUUCUGUGCAUUUCCACACUUGGUGGGGCAGGAGAGGCGCCGCUUGGUGUUGGGACCCCACUCCCGGUAUAGACAGGUAGAUUGCGUGGGCAGAGCGGUGCCCCCUCCCCAGAAAGGCCCUGGUCCCCGGCCUCCCCUUACUUUUCUCACCUUCCUCCUCCUGCCUCCUGCUGUCUCCCUGACCGUCCACAGAACACGGGAGCUGUGGUGAGAUUUUGUGGGCAGCUAAAUCCACAGCGGCAACACCCGGUGCGGGUAGCUUGUGUCCGCCGCUAAAGUGAGAAAGCGGCUGGGGCUGCUGCCUGUGUCGGGCAUGGGGAGGGGGUCCUGCAGUGCUAGGGUGCUGGGUGUCCCCCUCGGGCCAGGAGGGCCGUUCCAAGGCAGAGCACAAGCGCCUGCCCUUUCCUUGCCAACACAGAAAGUGUGGCUGAUGUCAUAUGCCACAUGCAAGGGGCCCUUUUCAUCUCAUCCUUCACCUCUGUCCUCCUGGUCCACCCAGGUCUGCUCAGAAGUGAGCCGUAGCAGGGAGACCACUUACUGCAGAGAAAAAAGAUCGUCUAGCAGCUUGAAUGUCUUCUGCAAAUGAAAAUGCUGCCCAUGUCACAUCGGGAGCUCGGUUGCCUUAGUAACCUGUCGGGGGGAGUCAGCUUGAAUCUGCUGCUGAUCCAGUCUCCCAGCGGCUGUGGUGUCUGGGAAAGGGAGCCCAAGGCUGGACCUGUGACCAGCAGAUCAGCAGAGCCAGGCGACCCCAGUGAUGGGUAGAACGCAUGUGUUUGUCUGCAGGGCUGUUGGGUCCUUGGGAAUCCCCAAAUCUUGCGCUCUUAAACUGCUCCUUUGCAACUUGUUAAUACGACUUGGGCAGAUCGGUGGGUGUGUAAUCCCUUGGGGGCUGAAACAUUGUUCCAUAGCUUCUGAUUCAGACACCGAAGACCAACCAACGAGAAGCAAAACACUACACAUCUUAUGCUGCAAGAACCGAGUCACUUGGUCCCCGUCAUCACACAAGAUCACAUAACUCGCUUCUCCUGUAUUCUGCCCAGAGAUCCUCCCGCACCUUUUCCCCAAAGAAGAAACCAGUUGCACCUUAAACCAUGGAUAUUUUUUCCUCAGGGGCUUUAAAAUAGUUUCCUAUGCAACAUGUCUUGUUACACAAAUUAAAUUCUACAAAAGUUGCAGUAAAUUUUAUUGGGAUAUUUUAA